AUGCGCUCCGCCCGUUUCUUCGCCCGGCGCAUGGCCACUGCCGCCGGCCGUCGCACGAUGGCUUCGUCACACGGCCGUCACGGACAGGAGUAUCCGCAUGGCAUGCACUUCCACGUCAGUCCCGUGCACAAGAACUUGGCGCUCGCGUACGGCACAAUGCUCUGGCUGUGGGUCUUUUGGCGAGCGAAACAGGACGGUCUCGCUUUGUUGGGCUUCGAGCAUCCGUGGGAUCAUCACGGCCACGACUCGGCAGCGAGCCACUCGUUGGGUGACAAGAGCCACUCGGACGGUGAGGCUUUGCCCGUGACUGUGCUCAGUAGCAGCAACGACGAGAGCGAGGAGUUUGACGUCCUCGAUGACUUGCACGACGUGGAGGACGAGUAA